GCGCCCCACAGAGCGCAUCGACGGGAAGGCAGGUGCAGCUGAGUGCGUGAGGAACGAGGUUGGCUCGUGUCACAGGUCAUGAUGGCUGAAAAUCGCUUUACAACUACGUGCAAGAUAUGCCGUCAAUUCUACAUACUAGCGGAGGAGGAUGAAGGGAACCUCCCACACCUUCUCCAAUGUGGUCAUGUGUAUUGCGCUUCCUGUCUGAACUUGCUGAAAUCACCAUUCAACACCAUUACGUGCCCAGACUGCAAGUUGGAAACUAGUGUGGAUGAAGAUGGAGUUGAUGGACUACAGGUGGAUAGCAAGACCAUUGGCCUUAUUUACACAGCCAAGAUUAGGAAGAGCCGAGAAGACCGGCAGAAAGCCAGCGCUGAAAAGGGGCUAGCAGUCCUUGGAUCGGGCCACACAGAAAAGAAUGCGGCUCUUAAGAAGGCAGUGGAUCAUGCCCUCAUUGAAGCACUUAAAAAUCAGAGUCAGUUGCAGAGCAUUCAUCAGCGUGUGGCCGAAGGGCUGAAGACGAAGGUGAGAAUUGAGAAGAAGCGUCUGCUUGCAGAGAUCUCUGAGGUGACGGACAAAGCCACCAGUGUAGUGCAGAAGAGGAAGAUGGCGUUGGUGUCAGGGUUGGGUGAGCUGGAGCACUGCUUCUCUCAGGCUCGCCGUAUGUUGCAUGACAUCGAGCAGAAGAAGAAGAGUCUGGAGAACGCAAUUGCAAAGGCCAAAAGCUUCAACUCAUCUGCACUCCAGGAGGACUGCAAUGCUGAGCAGGUGCUGGAGGCUCUGCGUGCUCCUGUGGACGUGCAGGCUUUUGAUGUGAGCUGCCUGAAUCAAGUCUCAGGACUCAGCUGCAGCCUAGAUUCAGAGAAACUGGAGCAAGCUCUCAGCAUGAACCAGGGCCACAGGGCGUCUAGGGACUAUGUGCCUCCAAGGUACAGGAGAUCAUCUGUAGAAUCACGUGGCAGCCACUCCCGCCCAAAGACCCCCUCACCGCCCUCAGCUGCGGACUGGCAGCAGGAGUACCAAGGGAUUCGAAACGCCCAGUCCAACUCCAGCCCCAAUGUCAUCAUCGAGGAAAUCUUCGAGGACAGCCCUGCAGUUUCUGCACCGCCAAUCCAAAUGGCUGAGUCAAAACGUCAGGAGGAUCAGAGAGCCCAAAGAGAGCCAAAAGAGACCCAGGAUCCUAUGCCACCAGCCCGGGAGGAGAAAGUGUGCCUGCUCUGGGUAGUAGUGACUCACGUGGUCAACCCAGCCCAUUUCUACGUGCGCUAUGUGUCGGAGCAGCGGGCUGGAGCUCAGCUCAGCAGGAGGAUCAACCAGUUCUGCUUGGGGAGCAAGUGUAUGUUCAGUCCAACUGAUUUGAUCAAAAAGGGUGAAGUGCUGUUUGUCCGCUGGAAGCCAGGCCUGUGGUGCAGAGCACAGGUGCAGGAUCUCUUUGAGGCGAGGCACGAGGACGUGGUUAGGCAGUGCCUGGCUGCAGACAUCGGCAGCCUGAAAGUCUUCUUCUUGGACUACGGCUUUAUGAAGGGCAUUACAAUUUCGAGCGGCGAGGCUCUGGUGGGGCUGAACGAGGUCCUGCGGAGACCCGACCGCAGCGCUCAGGUGGAGAUCAGCCGCUGGCCCCCGCAGGCCAUCAGGUGUGGCCUCAACGGCAUCGUCCCCGUCCAGGCGAGUGGCUGGGGCAAUGAGUGCGUUAAGGAGUUCAGGAAUGUGACUGGCUCAGCAGCUGUGCGGAUGCAGGUGUUUGGCAACGACAGGGGGGCCCUUCUGGUGGACCUGAAGAAAGCCCCCAUGGACCACAUCAACAGCCGCAUGCCCGUCUCCCUCCGAGAUCACCUGGUGUUCAUGGAGCACGCCAGGUUCCACUGCCCUGUGACUGCUGGUGCUUCCUGCUGCAAGCCUCUUCAGUACUACCCACCUGUUCUCCCGAAACCGAAGUCGGAGUUCUGUGCUAUCGUUUCUCACAUCAAUACACCCUCUGACUUUUUCAUCCAAAUGACUGAAAACAUGGAGUUCCCCCUCCUGACGUCCAAGCUGCAGGCGUAUUAUGGGGCGCACUCCGAGGGCACACAGCUGCACUGCCCUAUGCUGGAACAGGCCUGUGUGGCCCCCCACAGCAACAAUGAAUGGCACAGAGCCCUCAUCACAGGUUUCCAUGGGAUGCGCAUGGCAGAGGUGCAGCUUGUGGAUGUUGGGAUAAAGAAGGUGGUGCCCGUGAGCGAUCUGAGAGUCAUCAAAGAUGAGUUUCUGUCCCUGCCGUCCAUGGCCAUAUGGUGUUGUCUGGCAGAUAUGGAGUGCGAUGGAGAUUAUUGGCGUGCUCCAAGUAUUAAUAGGUUCCGAGACUUGGCUGAAAAGAAGCUGGUCACUGUGUUGACAAAGAAGUUCAUGUCCUGCUAUGGACCCAUGCCAGUCGGUCUGUUCGAGGGGGAUGACAAGAGGGAAUCCCGCAGCAUUGCAUACAUUCUUGUUGCUGAAGGAUUGGCCAAGAGCCCUAAGAACACACGACCGGUAGCUACGGAGGUGUCCGUGUGGGACCCACCCCUGGAGAGAGUGGAGGCGGAGCCCAGCGCCGUGGAGAUGGCAGGUGGCAUUCAGCUGAGUCCCUCCGUCAUCGUCCCGGCCAGUCAGAAGGACAUCGAAGUGAGAGUCACUCAUGUGACAUCGCCUGCCAACAUCUACGUCCAGCUCUCCCAGUACAACCGGCAGCUGAAGAGGCUGCAGGACCAGCUCCAGCGAGAGUUUGGCAGGUCGGCACCGGCGAGUGUGGACUGGGAGGCCGGGAUGGCAUGUGCAGCCCUCAUCAACGCCGUCUGGGAGAGAGGAGAAGUGUCUGCCAUCAUCUCCAGCAAUAUGUUAGAGGUUUUGCGUUGUGAUUUCGGGAACUGUGUCAGCGUGCCCGUGGACAACCUCAGGCCCCUCCCUACUCCCAUGAUCGGCUCCUUUCUUAUUGAGUGUUGUCUCAGCGGAAUAAGGCCAGCUGGGGGAGCUAAGUGGACAGCGACAUCUUGUGACCUCAUUUCUUAUUAUCUGACUGGAGCCACGGCAGUGAUGUCGAUCAAGGAGCCUCCUCCUGCUCAGCCAAUAGGAGUGUCUCUGUUCUGCUCCAACCGGGCCGGGCAGAACGUCAGCGUGGCCGACUACCUGAUCAGCGAAGGCCUGGCACUGCCCAAGAGGAAAUCCAGGGAGGUAAAUUUCGGAGAGGUCUUGGAGCCAAAGCCGGUUGAGGCUCUCCCAGCGCUGGAGGUGACCAGUGACGAGCCAGUGCCUCUCCCAGAGGAGCUGAACAGCAGCACAGACGACCUCACCUGCGAGAUUCCCCCGAGCACCAACGCCUACCCUCCUCCGGAACCGCCCGUGCACCUCGGCCACACGCGCAUGAGCAUCACCGCCGUCGGGGACGAUGGGGUCAUCUACGGCAUGACUACACAAGCAGAGGAGGAGUUUGAGCGUCUGAAGAAGCGUCUGCAGCAGCACAUCAAAGCCACACCAGUGCUGAAUCACCAGAACUGGCGCAUGGUCAAAGGCUGCAUCAUCAAGGGCACGGACAUGCUGUGGCAUCGAGGUCUACUAGUGGAGUUUAGCGGAGGGCAGGUCAAGGUGCAGUAUGUGGAUCAGGGUCAGGUGGAGAACAUUCCGGCAUGUCAUGUAUACCCCAUGGUGGUGUGUGAUGACGUGCCCCAGCUGUGUCUGCCCCUUCGCCUCCACAAGGGCAAGCCGGUGGGAAAGGACUGGCACCAUGAUGCUGUUGCCCUGAUGAAGGAAACUGUGCUCGGCAGACGUGUCGAUGUACAGAUUAUGGAGUUGCCCACAGAGCCGCUGGAGUGCACUCCCAUCGAGAUCUUCCUGGAUGGUAUGCCCCUGAGCAGAGUCCUGGCUCACCAUCAACCCACCUGCAUUAACCUCUCUGCUGUGGACUUUGAGGAGCAGGCUGUUACUCCUCUUGUUGAUCUCGAUGACUGGAACUUGGACACUAAGGGCCUGCUGGAUCACCCUCCGUUGUUGGGGACUUACGCUGAUCAUCGUCUCCCCAAAAUCGGCAAGCGCUGCCCUGUGAAAAUCAAACAUCUGUGCACUCCCAACAAGGUCUACCUGAAGGUGAUCCACGAGGAGGAUAACGAUGUCUCUCUGGAGGAGGUGCUGGAGUGUGUCAAUGCGGAUAUGAGCUCGCUGUCUCCCCUCACUGACUUCCCCAUUGGAGGGCCAUGUCUGGCUGAGUACAGUGACGGCGUAUUCUACAGAGCGGAGCUGACCGGCUUCGUGUCCAUCAGCCCUGAGAUAAAGAUGCUCAUAAGACACGUGGACUUUGGCUCAGACGACUCUUUGCCCAUACAAAAGCUGCGCUCUCUCCCAGAGUGCCUGCUUGAUUUCCCUCGUCAGGCGGUGUGUGUACGUCUGGCUGGUUUUCAGCCGCCCCGUUUCUGCUCCGAGAGCAAGCGCCUCCCUUACGCCCCUGAGUGGAGUGUGAAGGCGCUGCUGGAAAUGAUGAAUCUGUUGCAGCAGAAAGGCGUCUAUCGAGCCCUGAUAGCAUCGGCAGGUGAGGAGACUGUUGCCUACCUCUACAGCCCAGACGGCACUCUGGUGCACAACUCUCUGGUGAAGAGGGGCCUGGCCGACUACCUCUCCGAGUCACCACCACACACACCCCUUACGCUCGGCACACUCAUAUGAUCAUAAACUGUGAUCUCAUGCACUAGUAGAGAUGGCCUACUCCUUACUGUACAUAUCAAAGGAUGGAGUAGAGCAGUGAACAAGUUUGCCUGUUGUUUACUUGUUACCUUCUCUUUUUUUUGUAAUUUUUUGGUUUAAUCAGGAAGCAUAAAAAAAGAAAGCGGCACUUUUAUAUUUGUUUUAAUCGCUACAUUUUAGUAAGAGGUUUUAUUUGUUUUGUAUGUUUAACACUUGAGUCUGUUUAAAGUGUCCAGAUGUCUAAGCUGCUUAGUUUGCUGCUGAGCUUAAUGCCUGUGUUGUUUCUGUUACACAUAUAUGCCCUUGAGAGUUCUCCAGUUUUGUAUUAAACAGAAUGGCAUUCCCUGA